AUGAAUCACUGCAAUUCGGAAAACGGGGUUUUCCCAGAUGAAAUUAUGGUUCAAAUUUUCGCUAGAUUGCCCAUUAAAUCCCUUUUUAGAACUAAAUGUGUGUGCAAACUCUGGUACAAAUUAACCUCUGAAAGAUACUUUACGCGGCUGUACAAUGAGGUUUCUCUUAGGAAUCCUAUGGUGCUUGUAGAGGUCAAUGAAUCUUUAUCAGAAUCAAGAUCAAGUUUAAUUCUUGUUGAUAAUAUAAGGGGUGUGUCUGAGUUUUUAUUGGAUUUUAUCAAGGACAGAGUCAGAGUUAGGGCUUCUUGUAAUGGAUUAUUAUGUUGUUCUAGCAUUCCUGAUAAGGGUGUUUAUUAUGUUUGUAAUCCAAUGACUAGACAGUAUAAGUUGCUUCCGAGGAGUAGGGAAAGGCCAAUUACUAGGUUUUAUCCUGAUGGUGAAGCCACUCUUGUUGGUUUGGCUUGCAAUUUGUUGACAGGGAAGUAUAAUGUUGUGUUGGCGGGGCAUCAUAGGUCAUUUGGGCAUAGGCCUGAGAGGACUUUUAUAUGUCUGAUCUUUGAUUCGGAAUCAAAUAAAUGGAGGAAGUCUGUUUCUUUGCAAGAUGAUCGUUUUACACACAUGAAUACAAAUCAAGUUGUGUUCAUUAAUGGAGCGUUGCAUUGGUUGACUGCGAGUUGUUCUUGUGUGCUUGUUCUGAAUUUGGAUUCUGAUAUUUGGAGGAAAAUCUCAUUGCCAGAUGAAGUGAAUUCUGGGAGUGGGAAUCGGAUUUAUUUGUUGGAGUCGGAUGGGCUUUUGUCUGUGAUUCAAAUUUCAGAGGUCUGGAUGAAUAUUUUUAUGAUGGAAAAUUAUGAGAAGGAAGAAUGGCAUAUGGUGGACAGGGUGAGUCUACGAUGUAUUAGAGGGAUGGUGCCUGGCAUUUUUCCAAUCAGUCAGACUGGUGAAUAUGUUUUCCUUGCAACACACAAGCAAGUGUUGGUGUAUCAGAGAAAUAGCCGAGUUUGGAAGGAGAUGUAUUCGGUGAAGAACAAUGCCACCCUGCCAUUGUGGUUCUCUGCGCAUUCUUUUCGGAGCACAAUUUUUCCUUGUCAAUAA